GGAACCGAUCUUGCGAUGUAUGAGCUUGGCAAUGUACUAAAAAAAGUUGUGCUUUUGUAGUGUCACUCGUGAAAAGUUUUUUAAUCUUGGAGGCGCGAAGACAGGGGAGUUCACACAUAAUGUGAAGAUAAGUAACAGAUACACGCUGGGUAGAUGCUAGACUGUGACUUCCUGGACCAGGCCACGUGAUUCGGUCCGGAAUGUCUGCGUCGCCUCCAGUUGGAAAAAUGCGACGAACUCUGGAAUCCGGGCCUUUUGCAAUCGCGACUACGUGGCUCUUGUUGAUUUGGAGUGCAGGAGCGUCAUGGGCCACGAGUGCAUCGACCGACGGGUCACAGUCGCAGGGUGUUACUGGUGGUAGCAAACGAGAGUUUCUCCAUGAUUGGGGGUACGUGUUUCUCGGGAACAGUGCGGGUGCUGGAAAUCCGGACUCGCAGCAGCGCGAAGGAGUAGAUUCUAUACAGGAAGUAGGUAGUGCGAAAUCUUCCUAUUACUGGAGCGACAUGGAUUCAAACACAGGGGAAAUAAUACGUGCAAGAAAUCCAACGGCAAAAAAUGCAAACCGCCAGACUCUGGCCGUGGAAGGUCCCGCGGACCAGUUCUUAUCGGGAUUGCAUGAUCCAGCGGAAGAUACGCUGUUUCUUCACCAAGAGCUUUUACCGCGGCUACAUGUACUAGUUGCACCAAAAGCAAAAACUACCGACACUGCAUCUGCAUCGGAACCACCUCCAGGGAAUAAUCAAGUGCUCCCCGCGUUCAACGCAAAGUCUUUUUUGCCAGUUGAGGUUCCGCACGUGUACGAAACUUCAACGCCGAGAAUGCGCCAGUGGCUUGAUAAAAACAAGGACGUGACAACUGCUCCUUCGCUCACGGAGCGAGGCAUUGCUGUUUACCAUCGGCAAAUCACCAUUUCCGACGAACGCAAAGCCGCAGUGAUAAAGCUAGGCCC